UUUUAAUCUAAAGUCCACCAUAUAUCACCUUUAUCCAUAUAUCAUCAAUCCCCAAAAAAUUUAAAUACUACUUUUCAUACAAAUUAUUUGUUCCUAUCAAUAGGCUAAAGAAGCAUACCGAUUGAACUGACUCCUAUAUAUAUAAAUAUAUUUUUAUAGUUUACUCUUUUUUACGAUCACUAUAUUGCUUCAUGUCAUAAAAUUUUCUCUUUGCAGGAACUUCUUGCAUUCUUGUUGGAUGGACUGCAUGAGGAUUUAAAUCGUGUUAGAUGAAAACCUUACAUAGAAGCAAAGGAUUCAGAUGGUCGCCCAGAUGAGGAAGUUGUCAUUGAGUGUUGGAAAAAUCACAGGGCCCAGAAUGACUCAUUGAUAGUGGAUGUUUGCCAGGUGAGUGGGAAUUAAAGUCUUCUUUCUUGAAAGCUAUAUUUCUUCUUUCCUUGAACCAUAAGCAUUUAUUUUUUCCUGUACUGGUACAAAAGUAUUUUCUUCUCUUACAAUGUUUAUAUGUUAAUGGUCAGGGUCAAUAUAAGUCAACACUGGUUUGCCCAGCAUGUGGAAAGAUUUCAAUCACUUUUGAUCCCUUCAUGUAUUUGUCGUUGCCUCUACCUUCAACUGUAACUCGGAAAAUAACCGUGACUGUGUUUUACGGCGAUGGAAGUGGUCUUCCUAUGCCAUACACUAUUAGUUUGCUAAAGCAAGGUUGCUGUAAGGAUCUUAGUGAACAACUAAGUAAUGCUUGUUGCUUGAAUGCUGAUGAGAUUCUUCUGCUUGCAGAGGUUUAUGAACAUAAGAUUUUUCGAUAUUUGGAAAACCCCUCAGAGCUAUUAGCUCCAAUUAAGGAGGAUGACCAUAUUGUGGCUUAUGAACUUUCUAAAAACGUCGUGGGAAGAUCCAAAGUUACAAUAAUUCAUCAACCACAUGAAAAGUAA